CCGAGCAAUAAACAGAUGCGUACGGCAAAAUAGCGGCCUGUGAAGUACCGUGUACGAAAGAAAAUGAAAGUGAAAGAGAUUUAAAAGCGUGCAGAAAACAAAAAUAAAUAAAGAUAAAGUUAAAAAAAAAAAACAAAAACAAAAGAAAGAAAAAGACAAAUGCAACAUUAAAAACAUAAUCGAAGAUAAACGAAAGUGUUAAGUGAAAAACAGUGAAGUGUGUGAUGCGUUUCAUAUAAGACAAGUUACAUUUUUAGCAAUUCAAAAACAGAAAAAAACGCGGCGACUGCGCGUAAAGUGUAAAAAUAUCAAGUAACCAAAGGAAAGACAUGCUUACCUAUAUAAUUUUCCAUGCAGCAGACUAAAAAUAACUUACCAUAACCAUUGCGGAACGUAACAUUCGAGAAAAAAUACAUACAGCGCAUGGGAAUUUCUUCCGUUAGUGAUUUCCUCAUUACACCUGCUUCGUAAAACUUUCGAGAUUUUGAACACAAAUUUGCGUGUUCACGUGAAAUUACAGCAAAAAUCAAACAUGCAAAACGUACAAUUCGACGCGUGCGUGGCGCGUGCGUGACUAAAUUGUGGUAGGCCUAGAAAAAGAUACCCAAAAAAGAAACUGUCAAUUGUGGAAUGUGUCCGAUUUAAGGGCAAGGCAACGAAAGCGGAAGAGUACCUGCAUACUCACACAUACUUACAUAUAUGUAUCAUAAAAUAACACGGCACAAAGCAAGUGGCGCAAGAAGAGCAAAAAAAUUGCUUCAAAUAUCCGACGCUAGAAAAUUCACUCAAUCGUUUGAAUAUCUCUAGCUAUGGCGGGAAGCACUGAUCACUUCUAAGCUGUGACAAUGUUUGCUUGAAUUAAGAAGCUUCCUAUAUUCCACCAAAAAAAAAUAUGGGACAGGAGAUAUCUCAGCAAAAGAAAUGUAGCAUUGUUAGACGACACAAAUCUCACCAACAAAUACCGCAAUCUCUCCAACCGCAUCCACAACGAGAAACAACGAAAAAUCUAAAACCAUCCUCUAAUUUCACUUCGUGCAACGGCAAAUACACUAGACACUCACAGGACUUCACUAGCAUCUACGCACCUUCCUCAAGCAUAUCGACCACGUCCACCAGUUCUACCGACGACGAGCAUUAUCGACUCCGCCAAAAAUACAAUCUGAAUAAGCAAACUUACGAAAAAUCUCGAGUGGCGAAGAAACUCAGUCUCAUCAGUAACAGCACAGAUCAAAGCAGCAGCACGUGCACCACCUCAACUCCCGCCAACACGUCUACCUACCAGAACACGCAGCAACCAAAAAAAGCGACGAUAUACGAAAAUAUUGAACAAAAACCCAGUCAUCACAAACGCAAAAAUUCUUCGAGCACAGAUAGCGGCAUUUACUACGCCUCGUGCCAUUGCACAUCCUCCUUUCUGUCAUCUUCAGCCACCUCCACGUCAUCGUUGUGCUCAACUAGCGCUUGCGGCUGCUCCACUUCAGUCGAGUCGUCGUCUAACCAAUCGCGCACUUCGCUAGAUCAAAAGAAAAAUUAUCUUUGUCGACAUUUGUAUAUAAAAUCCUAUCUGGAUAUUUUGGAAGAGGACGAGAAGGCUCGCGCUCAGUUCAAGUCGGCAAGACCAGGUGGUAUACGCAACUAUAAACCGAAGAUUUUGGGUGAGACUGCACUGUCGAGCAGUGCACCACACAGCACUGGGUUCAGUAUCAGCAGUAGUAAUUUGAAGCUACGUGAAAAGUGUAAGGAGGAUCCCUGGAUUUGA